AUGAGCACUCUGAUUUUUAUGCUGCCGACCCGGCAGGAGCAUUUUGUACGGUACAUCGGCAUUGCCACGAAUAAAGCUCUGGAACUGUUGACCGGCAUCCUGUGUCCAAAGGUGCCCGUCAAUAACUGGGCCCCGCCACCGAUUAAUGUCACCCUCUACUACGAGUCCCUGUGCGGUGGCUGCCGGGCAUUCCUGAUCCGAGAGCUCUUCUCCACGUGGUUGAUGGUCCUGGAGAUCAUGGACGUCACGCUGGUGCCUUAUGGGAACGCCCAGGAAACAAAUGUCAGCGGCAAGUGGGAGUUCAAGUGCCAGCAUGGGGAGCGUGAGUGUUUCUUCAACAAGGUGGAGGCCUGCCUACUGGACAAACUGGACAAGAUCACCGCUCUUCUCACUAUCGUCUGCUUAGAGGAAAUGGAUGACAUGGAAGACAACCUGAAGCCGUGCCUGCAGAUCUAUGCCCCGGAUAUGUCCUCAGACAUGAUCGUGGAGUGUGCAAAGGGGGACCGGGGGACACAGCUCAUGCACACCAACGCCCAGCUGACUGAUGCGCUGAAGCCUCCCCAUAAAUAUGUGCCCUGGGUCGUCGUCAAUGGGGUACCCAUGGGUGAGCAUGACAACCUUCUGAGCCUUGUUUGCAAGUUAUACCAGGGUGAGAAGCCGGAUGUCUGCAAUAUUGGAGCCAAGUCCCGGAGGGAAGUCUGUUUCCAGAGAGAGCAGUGAGAGUCUGGUUGCCCCCAUUCCCCGACACACAGUGGUUUUCUGAUUCCCAGCUCUCAGCACCUGGAUAACUCCUAGGCAUCCUGAGAAGCCCUGUCUCAUCAAAAAUCCCACCUCAAGAUCAACAAUCUUGUCCUUCUGAGAAUGGUGCUAAAUUGCAAUGACUCAAAUAAACUUCUGAAAGUUGUCCAUCA